CGCCUAACUGGAAAGCCUCGUCGUUUCUCUGUGUCAUGUUCCUUUUUUCUCCCUGACUACACUAUUCACUUUCCCUCUGGAUAAUGUUUUGGUCCUCUUUUGAUUGGGACUGAUACCUUUUCUGACUAGACCAACCAGACAUUUUGGAUAUUAUUGAUUUUCUGAGGGCAGGAGAAUGGCCUUAAGACCACGAGAAGUUUUCUCUUUCAAAGACUCAGAACUUCCCUCCAACCUUCUUGCCCAGCUCAACAUCCUCCGUCAGGAGCGUAUCCUGACAGACGUCCUGCUCUGCACGGAGCACCAGGAGAUCCCAUGCCACAGGAACGUCCUGGUGUCCAGCAGCCCGUACUUUCGGGCCAUGUUCUGUAGCAACUUUCUGGAGAGCAGUCAGGCCCGAGUGAAUCUCAAGGGAAUCUCUUCAAAUGUCCUCAGUGGCAUCGUGGACUACGUCUACACAGGCUGCAUCACUAUCACAAUGGAGAUUGUGCUCCCGCUCAUGCAGGCAGCCUCUAUGCUUCACUACGGAGGUCUCUUUGAGGCCUGCUCCUUGUUCCUCCAGGAGCAGCUGAGUCCAGAAAACUGUCUGAGCAUGAUACGACUCUCUGAGAUCCUUCACUGUGAGAGUUUGAGGGAGAGGGCGAAGGAGAUGGCUGUGAGGUGUUUCUCUGAUGUAGCUGCUACAGAGGACUUCUGUGAGUUGUCUCUUCCUGAGCUCAUGUGUUACCUAGAAGAUGACCGACUUUGUGCUGAGGAGGAGCAAGUGUUUGAGACCCUCCUGGCGUGGAUCCACCAUGACCCAUUCUCACGACGCGGUGCCAUCCAUGAUCUCUUCAAGAAAGUCCGACUUCGCUACAUCCAUCCAACUUACCUCUUCCAGUUCAUUGCCAAUGACCCACUGGUGCAGUCCUCCACCCUAUGUACUGAGAUCAUCGAGUCAGUGCGCCGCCUCAUGCUGACAGCCAGCACCAAGUGUAGCCGGGAACUUAAGCCGCUUUGGACCACACCGCGACGCUACACCUGCAGCGAAACACUAGUGGUGGUUGGAGGACGCAAAAACAAUGAACAGACCUCACGAGAAGCCUUACUAUAUGAUGAAAGGACUCAUCGCUGGCAGUGGUUGGCCAAGCUCCCUCUGCGCCUCUACAAAGCUGCAUAUGUGUGCAUUCAUAGCAUCCUCUAUGUGCUUGGCGGGCUCCGCCUCUGCAUGACAUCAGGUGACAGCUCAGUCAGCGCCACAGUUUACACACUCUCCCUGAAGACCAACCAGUGGCGGACUGCUGAGCCUAUGCUGGAGCCACGAUAUGCCCACCAAAGUGUGUCCUAUCUGCACUUUAUUUUUGUGUUAGGAGGCAUUGGCGUUGACAAGAAGAUCUCUCAGUCUGUCGAGAGAUAUAACAGUAUGUUUAAUCAAUGGGAGGCCAUGGCGGCGAUGCCCACAGCGGUGCUGCAUCCAGCUGUUGCAGCCAGUGAUCAGAGGAUCUACGUUUUCGGAGGGGAGGACGCAAUGCAGAAUCCAGUCAGGCUGAUUCAGGUCUAUCACAUCUCUCGCAACUUGUGGUCCAGCCUAGAAACAAGGACGGUGAAAAACGUUUGUGCUCCUGCUGCUGUCAUUGAAGACAAGAUCUACAUCAUAGGAGGAUACACCAGGCGAAUGAUCGCCUACGACACCAAAGCCAACAAAUUUGUCAAGUGUGAGAACCUAAAGGAGCGGCGGAUGCAUCACAGCGCUACAGUGAUCAACAACAAGCUCUUUGUCACCGGUGGACGCAUCCUCAACGGCCACGAUGUCAUCGAGGACUCCGACUGCUUCGAGUGUUACGACCCCAAGACAGACGUUUGGACCUCCAAAGGUUCUUUACCGUACAAGCUAUUUGACCACGGCUCCCUGCCCCUAGUCUGUGUUUCCAACAGACCCAACCCGCCGUGACCCACCAUCCAACCAGCCACUUGGGCAAAUGCUUUGCUGCAUGUUCUUCACCUCCCCUUUGUCACGAGUUAUUGGCCAAUGACUACACAAAUGGGAAACCAUUUCAAGCUGACUGCACUCCUUCACAAACCUUGUCAUCAAGGACUCAAGUGUUGAGACCCCAAGACAGACGUUUGGACCUCGAAGCGUUCUUUAACUAAGCAGCAUGUUAGGCCAGGCUGACUUUCAUGUGAAUCAAAGGGGAGCUCAGCUGAUGAGCAGAGGUGUCAUUACUAAGGCACCUGGGGUCGAACUGAACUGAGAACCCACGAGAUGACGAGAGGCAGACGUAGCCUACUUCAACAACAAACAGCUGUUCAGACACAUACCUAAUCCAAAAAGCGCUUUCCACAGAUGGCUGCGCUCGUCUGAUGGUAGCUAAACGUGUUAAUGCUUUAAUUUCCCAGACAUUUAUACACAGCAUAUCACUGCCUAGCAGCUGCAGUUGAUUUUCCUGUAACAAUUAAAUACAUAGGGUAUAAUAUGUCUGGCUGCUCGUUAACUCUGUGAGCUCUGCUUCUCACGUAAAACUGAAAAUGACAGCUAAUGUAAUUUGCACUUUAUAUAGAAUACAUUCCUCUUUGACCCAAUGCUUCUAUCAGAGUGCACUAGCUGAUGAGUCGAUUAAUUGUGACAGAAUAAAAGCUCCCAAUGCAAAGUACAUUAGUGUGUCAUGUUUGCUGAAGUGUCGAUGAGGAGCAGAAUUUUACGAAAACAACAUUUUC